GUCGCCGCCAGCCCCGCCCACAGAACGCCGGCGCGCCAGGUGAGGGGCCUUCGGGCUGAGCGAGGACCCCACCGCUCCUCGGGUCCCGAAGGCCCCCGCCCUGACGCGCGGGACGGACCCCGGCCCGGAGGCCCCUCGGCCAGGCCGUCUCCGCCCUCUCUGCCGAGCCCCCUCCCGGCUCCCCAUCCGGAGUGGCAGCCGGAGCGUUGGGCAGGGCCGCAGUGCGCGGGGGAGGCCGGGGGCUCCCCUCUCCCCGGCCUCAGUUUCCCUGGGCGGUUCCUGCGCAUCCUGGCCCGCCCCUCCUCCGCGGGCGCCGGGCUCCGCGUCCCCCCAGGGCUCAGUCUGCGCCCCUCCCUCCUCCAGCGCGGCUUCGUCCCCUCCCACCACGGCCUGUGGCGCCCCCGGCACCAUGAUCUCGACCAAGGAGAAGAAUAAAAGCCCGAAGGACAGCAUGACGCUUCUGCCCUGCUUCUACUUCGUAGAGUCCCGUUCCUGCAGCUGCCCAUAGUGGCGUCCUCCGUCGUGUCUCUCUACUUCCUGGAGCUGACGGACCUCUUCAAGCCGGCCAAGGUGGGCUUCCAGUGCUACGACCGCGCGCUCUCCAUGCCCUACGUGGAGACCAGCGAGGAGCUCAUCCCACUACUCAUGCUCCUCAGCCUGGCCUUCGCUGCGCCUGCGGCCUCGAUCAUGGUGGGCGAGGGCCUGCUGUACUGCAUGCAGUCCCGGCUGUGGGGCCGCAGCGGGGGCCCGGGCGGGCCCGAGGGCAGCAUCCACGCCGGCGGCUGCAACUUCAACUCCUUCCUUCGGCGGACGGUGCGCUUUGUAGGCGUCCACGUGUUCGGCCUGUGUGCCACAGCCCUGGUGACCGACGUCAUCCAGCUGGCCACGGGCUACCACGCACCCUUCUUCCUGACGGUCUGCAAACCCAACUACACCCUGCUGGGCACAUCGUGUGAGGCCAACCCCUACAUCACGCAGGACAUCUGCUCCGGCCACGACACCCACGCCAUCCUGUCUGCACGGAAGACCUUCCCAUCCCAGCACGCCACUCUGUCUGCCUUCGCUGCUGUCUACGUGUCGAUGUACUUCAACUCGGUCAUCUCGGACGCCACCAAGCUGCUGAAGCCCAUUCUGGUGUUCUCCUUUGCCAUCGCAGCGGGCGUCUGUGGCCUCACCCAGAUCACGCAGUACCGCAGCCACCCCGUGGAUGUCUACGCCGGCUUCCUUAUUGGUGCUGGCAUCGCUGCCUACCUGGCCUGCCACGCUGUGGGCAACUUCCAGGCCCCGCCGGCAGAGAGACCAGCGGCCCCGGCGCCUGCCAAGGAUGCGCUGCGGGCGCUGACCCAGCGGGGCCACGACUCGGUGUACCAGCAGAACAAGUCCGUGAGCACCGACGAGCUGGGCCCCCCCGGGCGGCUGGAGGGUGUGCCCCGGCCUGUGGCCCGCGACAAGACCUCACUGGGCAGCCUGAAGCGGGCCAGCGUGGACGUGGACCUGCUGGCCCCACGCAGCCCCAUGGGCAAGGAGAACAUGGUGACCUUCAGCCACACGCUGCCCCGCGUCAGCACGCCCUCGCUCGAUGACCCCGCCCGCCGCCACAUGACCAUCCACGUGCCUCUGGACGCCUCGCGAUCCAAGCAGCUCAUCAGCGAGUGGAAGCAGAAGUCGCUGGAGGGCCGCGGCCUGGGGCUGCCGGACGAGGCCAGCCCUGCGCACCUGCGGGUGCCAGCGGAGCCCAUGGCCGAGGAGGAAGAGGAGGAGGAGGACGAGGAGGAGGACGAGGACGAGGAGGGGGAAGAAGGGGGUCCAGCCCCGCCUUCACUGUACCCCACAGUCCAGGCACGGCCGGGGCUCGGGCCGCGGGUCAUCCUCCCGCCGCGGGCUGGCCCGCAGCCACUGGUGCACAUCCCCGAGGAGGGGAUCCAGGCUGCGGCAGGCCUGUCCCCCAAGAGCAGCGCAGCCGUGCGGGCCAAAUGGCUCAUGAUGGCAGAGAAGAGCGGCACCGUGGUGGCCACAGCCUCCACGCAGCCCCGCGUGGCCAACCCGCCACGGCUGCUGCAGGUCAUCGCCAUGUCCAAGGCCCCAGGCGGGCCGGGCCCCAAGGCGGCCGAGACGGCCUCGUCCUCCAGCGCCAGCUCCGACUCCUCCCAGUACAGGUCGCCGUCAGACCGUGACUCCGCCAGCAUCGUCACCAUCGACGCCCAUGCGCCCCACCACCCUGUGGUCCACCUGUCUGCGGGUAACGGGCCCUGGGAGUGGAAGGCGGCGGGCGGCGGGGCCAAGGGGGCUGAGGGGGAGGGCGGCUAUGAGCUGGGGGACCUGGCCCGCGGCUUCCGUGGGGGACCGAAGCCCCCGGGCGUGUCCCCAGGCUCCUCUGUUGGUGACGUGGACCAGGAGGAGCCGCGGUUUGGGGCCGUGGCCACCGUCAACCUGGCCACAGGCGAGGGGCUGCCACCGCUGGGUGUGGCCGACGGGGCCCUGGGGCCGGCCAGCCGAGAGUCGACACUGCGGCGCAAAGCGGGCGGCCUGGUGCUGUGUGAGCGGGAGGCCGUGGAGGCAGAGGCGGAGAGCUACUACCGCAAGAUGCAGGCGGCCCGCAGGUUCAAGGACUGAGGGCGGGGGCGGGGCCGCACAGC